AGCUGAAGGUCUCCGGCAGGCUGAGGUUUACGUCCACCCUGAAGAGAGCUCACCAGCUCCAGCCAGAAGGUUCAGAACAGCCUGGCUUUGUAAAGGAAUUUCAUACACUCACAUACCACAUAGCAGGAGGGAAACAUGUCUCCUUUAUCUAAUUUGACACAGACCCUGGAAGAUGCCUUCAAAAGGAUUUUUGUUACGUAUAUGAACAACUGGCGCAGGAACACGACAGCUGAGCAAGAGGCACUGCAGGCCAAAGUUGAUGCUGAGAACUUCUACUACGUCAUCUUGUACCUCAUGGUGAUGAUCGGAAUGUUCUCUUUCAUCAUUGUAGCCAUCCUGGUGAGCACGGUGAAAUCCAAGAGGCAGGAACACUCCAACGACCCCUACCACCAGUACAUUGUGGAUGACUGGCAGGAAAAGUACAGAAGUCAAAUUCUGAAUCUAGAAGAAUCAAAGGCCACCAUCCAUGAGAAUACUGGUGCAGUAGAUUUCAAAACGUCCGCCUGAUAAGGGAGAGAGGCACCAAACCGAUAUCUGAUAUCCAGAUAUGAAGAGAUGCCAGCGCCUCGAAGCAAGUCCAAAUUGUCAUUGUUUGGAAGAAAGUGAGUUCCUUCCUCUCUGCUGAGAAUUUUCAUGGAGAUGAUGCGGUUGGCCAACUAAGACAGAUGACGUUUCAAUUUCAGUGAUUUAUGCUUCCUUAUUGGAGCGCUAUUUUGUGCUGAAGCCCUCUUUUACUUUCUGGGCAAUGGAAAUGUCAUUUUAAUCAAUGUCAAUAGUGAAAAUAAAGCCAAAUUGAAGGAAAGUGCUUGGGCA